GUAUAAAUGUAAUCAAGUUGUGAAAUUGUCUUUGAUUUGUUGAGUCGCUGUGUAAUAGGUAUAAUUAAUAUUUUUAAAUAAACAAUGGAAAUUGAAUUGCCAUUUAAAGCUGAAUAUUCUAAAACUGGUAGAGCCAGCUGCAAAGGAUGUAAAACUAAAAUUGACCAGAGUGAAUUGCGUAUUGCUAUUAUGGUUCAGAGUGCUUUUCAUGAUGGGAAGCAACCAAAUUGGUACCACGAAAAGUGUUUCUUUAUUAAACAACAUCCUGGCUCUGUAGGAGACAUUGCAAAUUUUGAAAAUCUACGAUAUGAAGAUCAAGUAAGAGUGCAGGAAGAAGUCGGUAGUUGUGCUACAGUUGUAGCUGGUGUUUCAAAGAAGGGUGGAAAGCGAUCGUCGGCAGAAGCUAAUGCGCUUAAAGACUUCAGUGUAGAAUAUGCCAAGUCAGGACGGGCAGCAUGUCGUGGUUGUGAACAAAAUAUACUAAAGGGUCAAGUUAGAAUUCGUAAGACGGUUCACGACACUGAAAUUGGAAUGAAAUAUGGAGGACAAGCCUUGUGGCAUCACGUUGAGUGCUUUGCUCAAUUACGUGGUGAAUUGGGUUGGUUUGACACCGGUGAAAACUUACCUGGCUUUAAAAGUCUAAAGGAUGAAGAUAAAGCUGAUAUUAAGAAGGCAUUACCAAUUAUAAAAAUUGAGGAUUGCCCUCCAGCAAAGAAAGCUAAAGUGGAGAAAUUAGACGAAGAAGAUGAACAGUCGACCAAAGAAUUGGUCGAAAAUAUAAAGAAACAGAGCAAGAUAAUGUUUAAAUUUCGAGAUCAAAUCAAAAAUCAUAUGAAAAGAGUUGAUAUAAUAGAAAUAUUGGAGUACAAUAAUCAAGAGCCAGUAAAAGGUGAUUCCGAAAAAUUGUUGGACCAAAUUGCAGACCUUGUGACAUUUGGUGCUAUUUUACCUUGUCCCGAGUGCAAAGGUCAUCAAUUGCUUUUUCAAAAAUCGGGAUAUUUAUGUAAUGGUCAAUUGACCGAAUGGACUAAAUGUACAAAUCUAAUUAAAGAACCUAAACGCAAGGCAUGUACAAUUCCUAGUGGUUUUAAAGAGCAAUAUUCUUUCCUAAAAUAUGUACGUAAGGCGCCACAAGUACGCGCCAUCAGAUAUAUUCCACCAAGUGAUGCAACAAUAUCGAAAAGUGUAUCAAUUAAGAAAGGCGAUGAAGCGGAUGGACCUAAAGUAAAACGAGAACGACCCCCAUUGUACAAUAUGGAAUUUUCUUUACUUGGUAUCGAUGACGAUGAUAAUAUUAAGAAACGUAUAACUACACUUGGCGCCAAAUGUGUGUCUAGUAUAACAGAUCGAACUACAGCUGUAUUAUCUACACCUAAAGAGGUUAAACGAAUGGGUAGUCGUAUUAAAAAGGCAAAAGCUUUAGGCCUACAUGUAAUACCAAUAGAGUAUCUGGAUGCGGUCGAGUCAAAUGGUGCUGGCGCCAUUAAUUUUAUAACCAGUAUGUCAUUGUGUGAUUGGGGAACUGAUCCUUCUGCUCGAAUUCGACAAGAGGAAGCUAAAAGUUCUAAAUCGAAAAGUAUUUACACCAAAUCAGUUCCUAAAUCAAUGACGCUAAAGAUCAAAGACGGUCUACCAGUUGAUCCAGACAGUGGUUUAGAAGAUCUUGCACAUGUUUACGUGUCUCAAAAUAAAGAUAAAUUUAACGUUAUCCUCGGCAAAACUGAUAUCCAAAGUAACAAGAAUUCAUAUUAUAAAUUACAACUUUUGGAAAGCGACAAUAAAAAUAAAUAUUGGGUGUUUAGAUCAUGGGGUCGUAUUGGAACUACAAUUGGAGGAAACAAAUUGGAAGACUUUCGAAACCUUAUGGAUGCAAUUAGCUCUUUCAAAGAAAUAUACUUGGAAAAGUCUGGAAAUCAUUUUGAUAAUCGCGCUAAUUUUGUUAAGGUUUCUGGACGAAUGUAUCCAAUAGAUAUUGACUAUGCUGAAGAUGCUAAAAUUGAUUUGUCUGCCGAACAUAAUGUCAAGUCAAAAUUGUCGCAACCUGUCCAAGAUAUUAUUAAACUAAUGUUCGAUAUUGAAUCUAUGAAAAGAACAAUGAUGGAAUUUGAUUUGGAUAUGGAAAAAAUGCCAUUAGGCAAAUUGAGUCAGAAGCAAAUACAGACAGCCUAUAAAGUUUUAACUGAAGUUUAUGACCUCAUUCAAGGAGGUGGUUCCAACGCAAAGUUUAUUGAUGUUACUAAUCGGUUUUAUACUUUAAUACCUCACAAUUUCGGCACUGAAAAUCCACCAUUGCUUGAUACAAACGAGCAGGUUGAAAAACUUCGUCAAAUGCUGGACUCUCUUUUAGAAAUUGAGUGUGCUUACAGCCUACUGCAAACUGAGGGUUCCAAGGAAGAUGUAAAUCCGAUCGACAAGCACUACGAACAAUUAAAGACCAAACUGGAACCGAUAGAUCGAAACAGCGAAGAAUUUUCUCUACUUCAGAAAUAUGUGCAAAACACUCAUGCCGAAACACACAAAAUGUACGAAUUGGAGGUUGUGGAUAUUUUCAAAGUGGCCCGUCAAGGAGAAGCUCGUCGUUACAAACCAUUCAAAAAAUUACACAACCGUCGUUUGCUUUGGCACGGUUCCCGUCUUACCAACUUUGCUGGUAUUUUAUCUCAUGGUCUUAAAAUAGCUCCACCGGAGGCACCCGUGACUGGUUACAUGUUCGGUAAAGGUAUUUAUUUUGCAGACAUGGUAUCAAAGUCUGCAAAUUACUGUUGCACAAGCAGACAGAAUUCCACUGGACUUAUGUUAUUAUCGGAGGUUGCACUUGGCGAUAUGAUGGAAUGUACUACCGCCAAAUAUGUUACUAAAUUACCAAAAGAGAAGCACAGUUGCUUUGGCCAUGGACGUACAAUGCCAGAUCCUAGCGAAUCUAUCAUUCGUGAAGAUGGCGUGGAGAUACCUUUAGGUAAACCCAUUUCCAAUGAUAAUCUUAAAUCAUCUCUAUUGUACAAUGAAUUUAUUGUGUAUGAUAUUGCUCAGGUUAACAUUCAAUACAUGUUCCGUAUGAAUUUUAAAUAUAAUUAUAAUUAAAGAAUGUAUCAAUUAUUAAACAUUUACUGAAUAUUAUUAUAUUACUACUUUAUCUAAAUCUGAAUUUGUUUGUUUACUUAUUAGUAUUAUAAUACUACUACUACUAUAUCGUCGCUACUAAUACAAAAGGUGCAAUGUGUAAUUUUUAAAAAUUCUUGUUUAAACCGUUUUCGAAUCCCUCUAUAAGUUAAGGAAUUUGCAAAAAAACUAUAUGUAAAUCAUAUAGAAAAAAAAUCAAAAAGAGUUUAAUUCAUUUGAAUUGAAUUUCAAUAAAAUCGCAUCUUGUUCCAGUUAUUUCAACAAACAGAUAUCUAGCAAAAUAUUUUAUCAUAAAAUGUGUAAUAAUUGAUUAGUGUACGCAGUAGAAUAAUGGAUGUGCAGUUAUCGCUUUAAUUACUUUAUUCUUUCCCAAUAUAAAUUGAUUGAAAUGUGAGAUUAUCAGUAUGAAUUUGAAAAAAGGUUAAGGGUUUGCUAAAAAAUAAAGUUACUGUAUGAAAUUAAGCUAAGAGAAUUUUUAUGGAAGACACUUUUGAGUGAUAUAUCAAAUAAAAGAAAAUUAACACUAUUUAUGCUCUCCUGAAAAGUUCUCAAAAAACACACAACUGUUUUUGUAUGCGCAGCGACGAUAUAAAUCUGAAUUUGUUUAUUUACAUAAUAUACCUAUACAGUGAACUCGCGAAAACGACUCGGAAAUGAGAACUCUUUUAUUUUUACAAUUAUCACUCUAAACAACGUGAACAUCAUUUUCUGAGCUUUUUCGUUUUAUUUAUUGCAUUCUUUUUAAUUUGCAUUUAGAUACAUAUACAGCAUUAGAAUACAUAUUUUAUGUUUACGUUAGAGUGCUUUCACUCCCUUGGUAAAAAUUAGUUCACGUUUUCGCGAGUUCACUGUAUAUAUACAGUGAGCCUCAAAAGUGAGUAUACACUAUAGUGUGAGUAUAUAAUGAUUUUCAUGAUCUUAAAAAAAUCAAAAAAUUCGCUGGUGUUUACACACUUUUGAGGCUGUGUGUAUAUAAAUAAUUCCCACUUUGUAAGUAAGUUUCGUAUUGAAAAUGUACGUAUUGUUUCGUUUGGCCAAUAAAUAUAUAUUAAUAAAAAUCA